UGAUGAGAGGUCCUUUGGCUGCUGGUUGGUUACUGGCUGCUGGCGUGAUUGCUUCCUGUUUUGGGCGUGGCGCAGACUUUGGGCGAUGCAGUGAAUACGGGCAACAUGCACAUCCUGUUUGGGGGUCGUUGUCGUCAACGCUUCACGUGCACACUUUCAAUUGAACUGCGGCCUGUAUCCAUUUCCUUGGGCGGCCUGUCUUUUUGGGCCCCGACGGAGGAAGACGCAAGGCUGCAGGGGCUGAACACCCGCGAUUCCCAGCCAAUGGUCGAGCUCGAUCUGAUGGAAAAUCGAUCCCCGCCACCUCCACAGCUCCGCCAAGCAAAACCCGCCAGCGACCCGCACGGCUGGGAACCCUGGAGCGUUGGAGCGUCGCUCUCCCGUAAACAAGGCCGCAGAUUCCAUCCACCACUAGAAUGGGCACCGCCGAAACAAGCCACACAUCGCUAUGGCAGUGUCGCCGUUGAUACCUCCUCCCCUUGACCCUGCCGUGGCCGCCGCCGCCCAACAGCGGUCGACGUCGUCGCCUCUAAAGCGCCAGCUGUCAGCCGUCUCGUCCGCCAAUGGCACCCCGAACUCCAUCCCGAAGCAGCAGCAGCAGCUCAAGCCUAGGCAGCCAGCUGCUGCUGCCGCCGCCGCCGCCGCCCUGCCCGCCACAGACCUGAUCGAGCAGUUAAACCGGGCCGAGGCGGAGAAAUACGUGACUACCGGAUUCCUCGGAGAGGGAACAUACGCCACCGUUCACAAGGGCUACGAGCGCGCCAACCCCUCCAACGUGGUGGCCAUCAAAAUGAUAAAGGUGCAAAAGGAGUACACAGACGGCAUGCCGCCCGACGCGGUGCGCGAGCUUAAGCACCUGCAGGAGCUGUCGCACCCAAACAUCAUCACGCUGCACGCCGUCUACUCGUCCAACAGCCAGAACGUGUGCCUGGUGCUCGAGUACAUACCGCUCGGCGACCUCGAGACGCUGAUCCGCGACACCGAGGGCGUCAUCUACGGCGGCGCCGACAUCAAGGCCUGGAUGGGCAUGCUGACGCGCGCCAUCUGGUUCUGCCACGAGAACUUUGUGCUGCACCGCGACAUCAAGCCCAACAACCUGCUCAUCGCGGCCGACGGCGAGGUCAAGCUCGCCGACUUUGGCCUCGCCCGCUCCUUCGCCGACCCGCACCGCGACAUGACGGCAAACGUCAUCACGCGCUGGUACCGCCCGCCCGAGCUACUAUACGGCGCCCGUAACUACUCGGGCGCCGUCGACGUCUGGUCUGUCGGCUGCGUCUUCGCCGAGCUGGUGCUGCGCAAGCCCUACCUGCCGGGCAACUCGGAGCUCGAGCAGCUGGCCAUGGUCUGCUCCGAGCUCGGCAGCCCGACCGAGGACAACUGGCCGGGCGUCUCCAAGCUGCCCAUGUACACCCCGCCCGCAGACCCGCCCCACCCCGUGCCCGACAGGGGUCGCAUGAUGGCCGCCUUCGGCACCGCCGGCGCCGACGGUGUCGACCUGCUCAUGCGCACCCUCACCCUCGACCCCCGCAGGCGCAUCACCGCCCGCGACAUGCUGCGACACCCCUGGUGGCGCUCCCAGCCAAAGCCCACCCCCAAGGAGGACCUGCCCCGGAAGAAGGACAAGGCCGCGGAGAAGAAGGCGGCCGCCGACAUGUCGCGCAAACCGGGCCAGCUCGACGACGCAAGGGCCGCCAAGGUCGCUAGGAAGCUGGACUUUGGGGCAAAGUGAUCUUUAUGUUUCGGUUGGACUGGGAGAGGGGAGGGGGGGGGGGAUAUUUGUCACGUUCUUCUUGAGUGCGGUGAAGCGUGGAUAUCUGCUCUCUGCCAGGCGGGAGAUAAAAUAGGGCUAGUAGGCACUAAAGGUGGUUUCCGAUUGAGAACCAAAGACACGAACACGGAGUUUUGGGCGCAACAACGGCACAGCGCGGGGAUACUAUAGAUUAUAGAUACCUUAUGGCACGGGUUACUCAUGA